UGUUGAACAGUCAAAAGGGAACAAAGCAAAUCAUUCUUUCUUCAGAACCAAGUUGUGUUUUUUAUUUCGUUCUGGCAUUAGUGUACGUGGGGUUAAAAGGCUUUCCCAAUCCCAAUGAAGAAGUGGUGAAGAUCAAUUCUUUUAAAUAUUUUUUUUAUGUUAUCUCAUGUGGGUUGUUCUUGUUUCGAUUCAAGGUGGUUGAAUUGAGGAGUAAUUCUAUUGAAUUUUGUGGAAAGUUUGAGUCUUUUUGGAUUGUGAGGUGUUUUGUGGAGAAUUGGGCUUCUGGGAAUCUUUAUUGAAGGCGGUUUCUGCAAGUUUUUGUGCUUGCAUGAUCGUACGGUGAAUUGGGUUUUUGGUAGUUUGAUGACUUGUUGAAUGGUUUCUGAAACAGAGGGAUAUCUAUGUGGUUAAUAAUGGUUUGCUGAUUUUUCAAGUAUAAGGGAAGAUUGUUUAUUGCUAUUGAUAUUGGUGAAUUAUGGGAAAUCUUUGUGGAAAGCCUUCUUCAACUAUCAAGGAUGGUGGGGAGAGUCCAAAUGGAAGGAAAUUAGCGAAAGCUUCGUCGCAAACGGAUUUGACCAGAGCAGUUUCAUCAAGGAGAGAUGAAAGUUUUAGAUUGAAGAAGAAAUUCAAUAGUGGUGAGAUAAAAAUUCAUAUGAUUGAUAGGAAACUGAGUGGUUCAAGAAGGGUUAGAGAUGAUUACUAUGAUAAAAAUAAAGAGAAUUCUGGAGCUCUUGGCAAUUAUUAUCCAGGGCCUGGAAGUGUUCCUAAAGGUUUAGAAGGGGAACAGGUUGCUGCAGGAUGGCCUUCUUGGCUUGCUUCUGCAGCUGGUGAGGCUAUCAAGGGAUGGCUCCCAAGAAAAGCUGAUACUUUUGAGAAAUUAGAUAAGAUUGGUCAAGGAACUUAUAGUAGUGUAUACAAGGCUCGUGACCUGACACGUAAUAAACUUGUUGCCCUUAAGAGAGUUCGGUUUGACAAUAUGGACACCGAAAGUGUGAAAUUUAUGGCCAGAGAGAUCCUCAUUUUGCGAAGGCUUGAUCAUCCAAAUGUAAUUAAGCUGGAAGGCUUGGUUGCCUCAAGGACAUCUUCUAGUUUAUAUCUUGUUUUCGAGUACAUGGAGCACGAUCUAACUGGUCUGGCAUCACUUCCUGGUGUUCGGUUUAGUGAACCACAGGUCAAAUGUUACAUGCAGCAGCUGCUAAGUGGACUUGAUCAUUGCCAUACUCAUAGUGUUCUUCAUCGAGAUAUAAAGGGUUCAAAUCUUCUACUUGACAACCAUGGCUGCUUGAAGAUUGCAGAUUUUGGCUUGGCCACCUCUUAUGAUCGUAAUCAAAAAAUUCCAUUGACAAGUCGUGUUGUGACUCUGUGGUACCGACCACCAGAACUAUUACUUGGAGCAAGUCAUUAUGGAGCUGCAGUGGAUCUAUGGAGUGCUGGUUGCAUUCUUGGAGAACUCUAUGCUGGCAAGCCUAUUAUGCCUGGUAGAACAGAGGUUGAACAACUUCAUAAAAUUUUUAAAGUUUGUGGCUCACCAUCAGAAGAGUAUUGGAGGAAAGCAAAAUUACCGCAUUCAACGGUAUUUAGGCCUCAGCAAACUUAUAAGCGGCGUCUUACAGAAACAUUUAAGGAUUUUCCUCCUGCAGCUAUGGGGCUAAUGGAGACUUUACUUUCCAUAGAUCCUGCAGAACGAGGAAGUGCAGCUGUUGCCCUCAAGAGUGAGUUCUUCAAGACGGAGCCAUUUGCAUGUGAUCCUUCAACUUUGCCCAAGUACCCACCCAGUAAGGAGAUUGAUGCAAAAUUACGGGAAGAGGAAGCUAAAAGACAAGGUGCUCAGGGAGUUAAGGGAUCUAAAGAUUUGCGAGCUGUUCCAGUAUCUGAUGCUAAUGCUGAAUUAGUUUCAUCAAUGAAGAGAAAUGCCCAUUCAAAGAAUCGCAGUGAGCUGUUCAACCCCCAUAAAGAAGAAACUUCCCGUGGUUUUCCUGCUGGUCCACCUAGACUAUCAAAGGGCGUUAUAGAGACAAGGAAAGCAACCUUGGAACAUCCACCACAGAGAAUCUCUUAUUCUGGUCCUCUUGGUCCUGGAUCUGGAUGGGCAAUGUCUGGAAAGAAAUAUGAUGAUAUUUCAUUUGUUUCAAAUAAAGCUGAUUUGUCGACUUUGUCUGGAUUAGUUGCAUCUCGGACUUUGCCAUCUGAAGAUUCACGGGAAAAGUAUGGCUCCCAGCAGGUAGAGAUAGCAAAUCAAGUAAAAGAAUCUUUGAAUUUAUCUGGGGAGCCUAUGAAAAAGCAUGAUCAGAAAUGUCGCAUGGAGAAUUUAGCUAGUUCUCGUCAUCUAGAAACUGGAAGAGCCACAAAAGGACCAGUGCUGCAGGGUCAUCCUAGCAAGGCAACCAAGAUCCAUUUCUCAGGUCCAUUGGGCGUCCCUCCAAAUAAAGUGGAUCAGAUGCUAAAGGAGCACGAUCGGCAGCUCCAAGAAGCUGUUCGACGGACUAGGAUUGAGAGGACAAGAGUAGGUAAAGUAGAGGGCCAAGAGAUGCAAAUGACAGCAAAUCCCGUCUAUGCAUCCACUCAAGGCGUGAGGUAGAUCAGCUUUUACACAACAUAUUUAGAGAGAGAGAGAGAGAGGAGUUCCCGGUGUAAAAAUUAUUAGUUCUUGUAUAGCUGUGAAAUGAUUUUGCUUGAUUUCCUUCUAGUUCAGUUAUUCCUUGCAUAAAUUGCAUCAUAAUGAAGAAAAUGUAAAGUAGCAUCAAAAUUUUGAGUUUGCUGCAGAAUAUGGCUUUUAAUUUGGUUUGUGUUGGACUGAUGCUCCAAUAUAUCAGGCUACGACAGACUCAUAGCCAAGGUAGAGACCAUUUUUCG